CAGACACAGCAGUGCCAGUGGUAUACAAACCGCUUCGAGAGCUGUUUGUUUUGAUCAAGGUUAAUAAUAAUAACUGACUUCGAUAUUAAAUAACAGUUACAAUACUUACAAUGCUUCGUAGUAAUGUUGCAUGUUGUUUUUCAAGUGAGAGGAAAAUGCAUCUGUAAUAAUUUAGAGUGAAUCUAUAAAUGUACUCAAGUGUUCUUGUGCUAGCUAAGAUAUUACAUCAGGUAUGUUGUUGCAGUUAACAUGUCGUUGGACAACGAAGUAGUCGCAGAACUCGAUUUAGGGGAACCGCCUAAAGAACUCUUAGAUUGGGCCAAAGAAAACCUCGGCGAAAAUCCUGAUACAAGAUGUCAAAUCAUUUCAGAUUUCAGAGAUAUGAUUUAUGCGAGAGGAGAAUGUACACCUCAUAGAACUGACGAUGCUUUUCUACUUCGAUUUUUAAGAGCCAGAUUCUUUAUAAUUGAAAGGGCACAUAGAUUGUUGGUAAAUUACUAUGACUUUAAAGAAAAUAACCCACAGUUUUGCGAUAACAUAGAUUUAGUUAACUUAAAGAAAAUAGGUGCCGAUAAAAUCAUCCUUGUUCCGCCAUAUCGUGAAGCUUCAGGUAGAAGAAUAAUGAACUAUAGGGUAGGUAACUGGGCUCCAGAUAAAUAUACAGUAGAAGAAAUGUUUCAAGCUACAAUAGCAGUACUAGAAAUGGCAGUCAUGGAACAGCGAGCACAGAUUUUGGGGGGUAUUUGUAUUUUUGACUUCGGAGGACUUUCAAUGCAGCAAGCGUGGUAUAUGACGCCAAGUUUGGCUCACAAAGUUAUACAAAUCAUGGUGACUUGCUUCCCUAUGAGGAUCCAUGCACUUCAUAUCGUAAAUCAGUCUUACGUGUUUGACGUCAUGUAUAACAUUUUUAAACCAUUUUUGAAUGAAGCAAUGAAGGAAAGGAUAUUUUUCCACGGAGAUAAUUUAGAAAGUCUUCAUAAACAUAUCGAUCCAAAAUAUUUGCCAGAGAGGUAUGGAGGUAUUCACCCUGAUUAUGACUACGAACACUGGGUGGACAGUUGUCGGAAAAAUGCGAAAAUUGUUGAAGAACUAAGAGCACUGGGAUAUAAAGAUUCGGAACUUGAUGGGAAAUAAAGUAUUUUAGAAUUCGUGUUAACCAAAUUGUGAUUUUAGUGUAAGGAUUUUAGCCAUAAUCCGUCUUCUGCUUUUAUCAGUUAACGUGUUUAGAGUUAAUAUUUUAUUUACACAUUAUUUGGAAUCAGUAGUUUAAGGAACAAUUUUAUAAAAGGUUUUAAGCCUAUAAAAUAUGAUUCAAUUUUAUUGCGUUUUGAUGACAGCAGUCCCUGCACAACAUCGAAAAUCAUCGCACCAUUUAUGAAGUAUUUAGGAACACUUUUGUCCGUUUUGGUCAAUCCAACGUAUGCUGUCACAUUAAAUUUCUACGACACACGUCUUUAACAAUUUGUUUGAUUAUUACUAUAUUUUUAAUACUCGUGUUACUAGGUAUUAAGUGAAUAAAUGAACUUAUUCCUUGGGAAA